AUGCUCGCGAGUUCACCUAUGAUGCCGUAUUCCCACCAAGUGCCUCGCAGUCGGAUGUCUUCUGCCAGGCCCCGGGGGGCAUCCUUGCAUUCUGUCCGGCAAAGUCUACGAGUCUACCAACAACGAGCUCGAACUCGCAACCCCAAGCCCCGGAUCCUGAACAGAUAA